AUGCUUAAUAUUGAAUAAGGACAAGUUAAUAUUCUAACAAUUAGAGAAUCAAAUGGAACACAUGAAAUGAAUGUUUAUCGAAUAAAUUAAGGAUUCCAUAUAUGUUAGGAAUAUUUUAAGUCAAAGUAUAUAAAUUAAGUGAGUUAAUAAAAAAAGUUAAGAUAAGCAGUCACAGAAUGA